UCAAUCCUUAAACCCUUCCAUCCUCAACGCCACUGGUAGCGUAAAGUCCCCACUGUCAUCUCUCUCUCCACCGUCUCUCUAGCCAUGUCCUUGUUUCUCAGAGCCUUUCCUCUCAUAGCUCUUCGCUCCAAACCCUUCCCUCUCUGCCGCACCAUUUUCAAACUCAAUCCAAAACUACUCCCGAACAGAACCAUUUCCUAUGCUUCUGCUUCUUUUUCCACAGAAACCCAAAUUUCCGAUCCCAAACCCUCCAUAAUCCUCAAGGACACUCUUCAAUGGGUCAACCGAACCGGAUUAUGCGGCGAAUUAUCUGUUGACGAUGUGGGCAAACGGGUCCGCCUCUGUGGGUGGGUUGCGCUUCACCGUGUCCAUGGAGGUCUCACUUUCCUCAAUCUACGCGACCAUACCGGUAUCGUUCAGGUUACAACCCUUCCCAAUGAGUUCCCCAAAGCACAUUCUACCGUGAAUGAGUUGAGACUUGAGUAUGUGAUUGCUGUAGAAGGCAUUGUUCGAUCUCGGCCAAGUGAGUCAAUCAAUAAGAAAAUGAGAACUGGCUUAAUCGAGGUUGCUGUGGAGCAUGUCCAAGUGUUGAAUGCUGUGACAUCUAAGUUGCCCUUCUUGGUUACCACUGCAGAUGAUGCGAAAGAUACUGUUAAGGAGGAGAUCCGUUUGAGAUACCGAUGCCUUGACCUACGCCGGCAGCAAAUGAAUUCCAACAUUAUGCUAAGACAUAGAGUGGUGAAACUCAUUCGAAGAUACCUAGAAGAUAUACAUGGUUUUGUGGAGAUUGAGACUCCAAUACUCUCUAGAUCUACUCCAGAGGGUGCUCGGGAUUAUUUGGUGCCCUCAAGAGUUCAGCCAGGGACAUUCUAUGCUUUGCCCCAAAGUCCACAACUGUUUAAGCAAAUGCUAAUGGUCUCCGGCUUUGAUAAAUAUUAUCAAAUAGCAAGAUGUUUUCGAGAUGAAGAUCUUAGAGCAGAUAGACAGCCUGAGUUCACACAGUUGGAUAUGGAAUUGGCUUUCACUCCUUUGGAGGUUAUGCUGAGGCUCAAUGAAGAUUUGAUAAGACAGGUUUUUCUAGAGAUUAAAGGCAUCCAACUACCCAACCCUUUCCCUAGGCUCACAUAUGCUGAAGCAAUGAGUCGAUAUGGUUCUGAUAGGCCAGAUCUUCGUUUCGAUCUUGAGUUGAGAGAGGUGUCUGAUGUUUUCUCAGAGACUACGUUCAAGGUGUUUGCAGAUACUUUGGCAAGUGGGGGAAUUAUCAAAGUCUUAUGUGUGCCUUCAGGUGCAAAACAUUAUUCAAACACGGCUCUUAAAAAGGGUGAUAUUUACAGUGAAGCAAUCAAAUCUGGAGCGAAGGGUUUGCCCUUCCUGAAGGUCUUGGAUGAUGGGGAAGUUGAAGGAAUUUCUGCACUGGUAUCAAGUUUGGAUCCAACAAAUAAAAAGCGGUUACUAAAACAAUGCUCUGCAGGAUCAGGUGAUCUCAUAUUAUUUGCAGUGGGUGACCAUGCUUCAGUUAAUAAAACUCUAGACAGAUUUAGGGUAUUUAUAGCCCACGAACUGGGUUUGGUUGAUCAUUCCAGGCAUUCAAUUCUGUGGGUGACCGAUUUUCCAAUGUUUGAGUGGAACAGUGCAGAGCAGAGGCUUGAGGCCUUGCAUCACCCUUUCACUGCCCCAAAUCCUGAAGAUAUGGAAGAUCUUUCCUCAGCCCGUGCCUUAGCUUAUGACAUGGUUUACAAUGGUGUUGAGAUUGGUGGAGGAAGUUUGAGAAUUUUUAAGCGCGAAGUCCAAGAAAAGGUUUUGGAAAUUGUUGGAAUCUCACCAGAACAGGCUGAGGCAAAGUUUGGCUACCUUCUAGAGGCUCUGGACAUGGGUGCUCCUCCACAUGGGGGGAUAGCUUUUGGACUGGAUAGGUUGGUGAUGCUAUUGGCAGGUGCUAAUUCCAUCAGGGAUGUUAUAGCCUUCCCAAAGACCACAACUGCUCAGUGUGCCCUGACUAGGACACCCUCAGAGGUGGAUCCUCAGCAACUAAAAGAUCUUUCAUAUCAGACCCAAUAGUUACUCACUUUGUUUAUUUGCUCAUCCAUUUGCUAACUUAAUUUGGUUGCCCAUUUCAUUAGUAUUAUUCAUUCACUAGAAGAUCAUUCAGCUCCAGGGCUGCAUCCAAUACAGUUUUGGUUCACAAGGUGUAUAAUUUGGAGAAAGAUUUGUAUUACAUAUGGAUUUUGCUAUUUAUUUCUCAUCAGUAUUGCAUUAAAAUUCCUGUCUUAA